AUGAUGAAUGAAGACCAGGUGAAUGACGUGAUCCAGACAUGGAGAGAUACUCCAGAGAAAGAUUUGACGCCAGACGACUUCCAGUGGUUCAAGAAUUUGGGAUGUGCGUGUGUAUUCAGGGGCGACUGUGCACAGCUACUGAAAUGUAUUCAGGAUGAGAAGAACCAGGACAUUGUGAAGUCUAUGGGUUGUGUUCUCUUGGAGCCUCUGGUAGAUGAAAUAGUUAAAAAAGAGAAGGGUCUCUAUCACUGCCAGGCUGCCAUCACUCAUCUGACCAGGACUUGCAGGCCAGACGAGCUCCUGCAGAGUUUGCUUGGACUGAUUGAAGACAUUCAUCCUGGAGCCAUUUCUGAGACCAUCCUGGUUCUAGUUCCAUAUUUUCAAACAGUGUUGCUGCGGCUGGAUGCCAGAAAGGCAGCCUGCGUGGGCCUGGUUCUGUCUGCGCUGCAGAGGCAGCUCUCCCGGCUGCCGGUGCCUUACACCCAGCAGCAGGAGGAGGAUGAUGAGUUCGGACUUUGUCGCUGCUACUCCGCACUGGCUGAGUUCACAAGGUCUAUUGUUGAGGAAGUGAAGAGGAAAGAUGGAGACUGUGUGGGCACUGCUGAGGAUGAGGAGCUGAGGACUGAGCUUCUCAAGUUCUGCCUGAGGAGUUUGCGAGAUCCUUUGCUGGAGGCCGAACUAAACCGAGACAGGAAAUCCUCACUGUGGCUCUUUGCAAUAGAGAUAAUGGUCACACUACCUGUGAUCCAAGUGUCCCUCUCUGAGCUCCUGUUCUUCAACUCUCCGAAGAAAAGCCCCCUGGAGGACAACAGUCAGUUGAACGAAGCGAGAGCCUGUCUGGCUUAUCUGCUGUUUGUCCAGCGCAUCAACAUAGACAGCUUUCCAGCAGUUUACAGUCCCGUGUUUAUUCUUCGGUGCAACGUGGAAUACAUCAGUCAACUUCUCAGCAGCAAAAAAGAAUCCCACUUGCUUAAAGGCCUGGCACUGUAUACAACAAGCCUGCAGAGCGUGCAGGACAACAGCCUCCCAGUGAGUCUACUGGAGCUGAAGAGCUUCUACAGUGCACUACAGAACCUGCGGCAGCUACUCACUGACUGUCCACUGCAACAUUUAAGAACAUCAGGACUACAGGUUCUACAGCUCUUCAUCAAUAAACUGGAUCCUGAGGCAAAGCACAAGUUUUUCAGGUGUAUGUUAAAAACAGGCAACCAUGCAGGUGUAGAGAGUUAUGUAGUGAAGAACAUCAGGAAUCAAGUUGAAGUUUCCAUGGAGCCUGCUAACAACAAUAAAUGGUUCCUGGGAGAGGAGUUUCUCUCACUGUUGGGACUGGUGCUGUGUUUGCCACAAGGUGCUGAGACAGAUCUGCUCCACAGUAUGGACAGGAUAAUGGAAAGUUUAAAUCUUCUACGCUUUCUCCUCAUCAAAGACAAAGAACUGUGGAGCCAAACAGAUGUGUGGGAGGAGCUGGUCCGAAUCAAAGAUGAAUACCUGAAAAUGCUGAGUGUGUGCAUCAGCAUGUCGAGAGCAUAUUAUUCUGCUGAACUUAAGGCACUGAGGGAGGAUCUAAAGCUAAAAGUCAGAGAAGCCAGAGAAUCUGCCAGAUCCAGCACAUUAGUCAAACGCAUCACAGUGAAACAUCAGGAUGUGUCCAAUAUGUCCCCCGAGGUCAAGCAUCAGGUGUUGCAGAGCGCUUUGGUGACCUUUGACCUGAUGGAGAGUCUUAUUUUCCGCAUUGAAGAGAUCGCAGAGGAAAAGCUAAAGAUUCCAAACUAA